CAACAAUAAUAAUAAUAAUUAAUAUAAUAAUAAAAGUGAUAAAUCAUGUUUGAACUUUUCUGAUCUGAUCUGAUCUGAUCUGAAUGUUUCUGAUCUGAUCUGAAUGUUUCUGAUCUGGUCUGAUCUGAUCUGAAUCUUUCUGAUCUGAUCUGAAUCUUUCUGGUCUGAUCUGAUCUGAUCUGAAUCUUUCUGAUCUGAUCUGAUCUGAUCUGAAUUUUUCUGAUCUGAUCUUAUCUGAUCUGAAUUUUUCUGAUCUGAUCUGAUCUGAUCUGAAUAAAAUAAGAAUAAGUAAUAAGUAAUAAGAAUAAGACGAACAGAACAGCACCAAAGACUUCAAUUAUUCAGCCACUCCAAAGUCCAAAGUAUACGUACGUUCAAACCAAGGUCCUCGGCUUAAUGGAAUUCCCCAACUUGACUUGGUAAAAUUAUUCCAAGGAAAAUGGCCCUCUUUGCCUGGCCUCAAAUUGCAGACGUGGUCUGCUCUUGACCAAAACUUUUAUGCGGAGUACAUCUCUUAGGAAAGGCAGAUGGAACACCCUCCUAUUAACUCAGAGGCAGGCCGCACAUGCCGACCACCUUCCGCCAGUGGAGACGGUGGUCGCGGCAGAACAAGGCCGGCCAGAGGACGCGGUUUCGUCAGGAGAUCUACUGAGCCUCGGACUAUACCUCCUCCGAGAAGGUGGACGAGCAACCUGCGUCUGACGGCUGAUGUCGAGCGGCGGCGCGGCAGCUCGGGCGGCAGACCCCGCUGUUGACGACGAACUACUGUGUUUCAGGCGGAGUUUUUCUACAGAUCGGGACGCCAAGACUGUAACGCUGCAGCGAGUUCCAUCCGGUGCCGCAGGACGCCUCAGGGGUUCCAUGCCAGCGGGGGCGGCUCCGAUGACUUCACAAAAUAGAUCCGGAAAAAAUCCGAAUUUGGACUUCCCAGAACCAUUUGUUUUUUCCUUCUUCUUCCUUUUGCUGAAACCAGUCCAUCGGGUAUCAAUUUUCUUUUUUCUUUUUGUUGAAAAUCAGUUCUUCAUCUCACGUUUGUUGUCGAAGCUGAAGAACAACGUGAAUCUUUUUGGACCGAUUCCCACAGACGGCGCCAGUGUUGAGUUUAAUCCAACACGAUAUAGUAAAUAUAUAUGUAUAAAUGUGUAUGAACAACUCAGUUUUUACUUGGAAACCCGAAAGGGAGAAAACCACGGGACUUUUUAGGCUAAUGUCCAAGCCCUCUCAAUUCUCAUUAGGACUCUCCUCACCAUUACAUAAUACAAUUUGAGCUCCCAUUAAUGGAGUCUUGCAAGCUAUUCUAGAGAAAGUAAAUGAGUUG